GUUGAACCAGAUCAGGUAGUCUGCAAUCGAGCGCACGCCCAACGCAACCAAGAGAUUUCCACUUUGCUCUCGUGCACGUGCCACGCACAAUGUCCCUGUCCGCUAGACUGCUCGUCGCCGUCAGACGUAGCGUAUCUCUCGAUGGUGCCCGGCGGACCGCCAGGUACGCAUCGACCUGCAGCACCACGCAGCACGAUGGCGACGACACCAUCAAGAAGUCAGUAUUCAUAUCGCAAUCCACUGAUGUAUUCGUCAACCUGGCGUUGGAGCACUGGCUGUAUCGCAACUUUGACUUCUCCAAGCAUCACGUUCUGCUCUUCUGGAGGAACGACCCCUGCGUGGUGUUCGGUCGCCACCAGAAUCCCUGGCUCGAGUGCAACGUCCAGGCGGCUGAGAAGACAGGCGUCGCACUGGCGCGCCGAAACAGUGGCGGCGGUACCGUUUAUCACGACAAUGGCAAUCUCAAUCUGACAUUCUUCACUGCGCGCGAGAGGUACAAUCGGAGAUACAAUUUGAAUAUCAUCACGAACGCCUUGCUUCGACACUGGGGCCUGAAGAGCGUCAUCAACGAACGCGAAGAUAUUCUAGUCAAUGGGGACUGNNAGAUAUCUGGAACAGCUGCAAAAUUGGGGAGACCGAAUGCUUAUCAUCACUGCACACUCUUGGUCAACGUGAACAAAGCCAAUCUGAGCUCAACUCUUGAGAAAAAAGAGACUGAUAUCUUUACAAACGCGACGGCUUCUGUACGUUCUCCAAUAAAGAACUUGGUUGACAUAAACCGGGAUAUCCGAAUGGAUAAGCUCUUAUCUGCCAUUGGUUGGGAAUAUUUGCGUACAAAAGCCCUCGUUCUUGAAGACGGAAGAUACGAUCUGGUUGAGCAACAAAAAGGAUUCAAGUUUAUCAACCCAACUGAAGCAUGGUUCCCUGGAAUUGAUGACUUUACCAACGAAUUUCGUUCCUGGAAUUGGAAUUUCGGCAAGACACCGAAAUUUACGGUUACCCGCACGCUCGAUUUUCCCGCCCAUGAUGGUAAAGUAUAUCGCUUGAAUUUGAACUUGGAGGUGCAGAAUGGCAUCGUUGAGGAAAUUCGAAUGAGCCUACCCGCUGGAUUAGUAUCAACCGACUUCAACCAAGAUGCGAGUGUGAUUAGUAAUCUUCAUGGCACUAGAUACGAUCAUGAAAUAACAGAAAACAUAAUCGCCGCGAUUGGUGGAAAAACCGUCACUUUAAACACCCAAAGCGUAGAUGAAAAUAAUAUGAGACUUGAUGAGGCUACGCUACAAUGACCAGGAGUUUCGAGCAAUCACAAUAGCAUUAUUGUGUUCAAACGAAAAUAAUUGUUAAAAUUAUAUAUACACUGUAUUAUAUUGUACAUAUAUAACAUAUUAUAUGCCUAUAAUAUUUUAGACAUAUGCGUGUGUAACAUGCAAAAAAGUUUUUAAAAGAGUUGUUAUUUACUAGCAUAUCUACUACUAUCACUAUUUUUAAACAUUGAUUAGAAGAAUGUCGUAAUACAACGUACAUCAUACAUAAUUAUCUCAUUGAUAUUAUCGAGAAAAUGAUAUAUCAUUUUUAAUUUUUUUAUUGCUAUGUAUAUUGAAUUAAUUAUUAUAUGAGAUAAAAUAACUUUUCUACGAUUGGAGUUUGUCAAUCUGUUAAUUUAUCCACAAAUUAUUGAAAAUAAUCCAAAUUAUUUCUCCUUGUAAUUAUAACGAAAAAGUCUUGAAAUGCAGUUUGCGUUUUACGAAUUGAAUUUUUGUAUUAAAUGACAAAAUUUUAAAAUAAAUUUUGAUAUUUUACAUAUAUUUAAGAAUCAUGUCAGAAACUUGGAAAGAUGGCAGCACCUAACAGAAGUCUUUUGAAUAUGCCUUUCGUGUAAUUGUUAGUAGUAUGUAUACUGUUUUUAAAUAUUAAAAUAUCGUU